GAAACACUUGUGUCCUUUGAAGUCGGUCACGAACCGCUCCCGGGCUCGGGCACGUGCGCACGCGCCGCACUAGGGUUUCCGCAGCAUACCUACAAGUACUCGAAACCCCGUCUCUCUCCCCCUCUUUUCCGGCUGCGCCUUCCCCUCGCAGCCGCCAGCCCUCAACGUUCCUACCAGCUGCCACCGCCUGUUACCCGUGAUGUCUCCCGCCCUUGCCGCUGGCGUGGAGCCCAUGGCCGUCGACGAUUCCGCCUCCAAGAAGGCCAAGCGCAAGCAGCUCAAGGCCGCCGCCGCCGCCGCGGAGGCAGAGGCGGAGGCCGCUUCGGUCAAGAAGAAAGAGAAGAAAGAGAAGAAGCGAAAGGUGAAGGAGCCGUCCCCUCCGCUCCCAUCGGCCGCGUCCUCUGAUGAGGAAGAGAAAAGCAGCACCAGCUCCGAGGAGACAGCACCCGCGGCGAAAAAAGCGAAGGAGAAGACGAAGAAGAAUGUUGAUGUCUCGUCUUCAGCCUCAGAUGACGAUGGCGAGAUCACAGCCAGCAGCGAUGAGGACCCCGCGGACCCGAACGCGCUGACGAACUUCAGGAUAUCGGAGUCGCUGAGGCAGAGCCUCAGGUCCAAGGGGAUCAAGUCACUGUUCCCCAUUCAGGCCACCACUUUCGAUCUCGUACUCGAUGGCAGCGACUUGGUUGGCCGAGCGCGCACCGGUCAGGGAAAAACUUUGGCUUUUGUCUUGCCCAUAUUGGAGUCUUUGGUUAAUGGGGCAAACAAGGCAUCUAGACGGACUGAACAUGGCAGGACCCCAAGUGUUCUCGUUCUACUACCAACAAGAGAGCUGGCCAAUCAGGUGCACGCUGACUUUGAGUUUUAUGGUGCAACAUUUGGGCUCUCUGCAUGUUGUGUGUAUGGGGGAUCACCUUAUCGUCCUCAAGAAAUGGCAUUGAGAAGAGGUGUGGAUAUUGUUGUUGGAACUCCUGGUCGUGUCAAGGAUUUCAUUGUUAAAGGAACUCUCAAUUUGAAAUGCUUGAAAUUCCGUGUCCUUGAUGAAGCUGAUGAGAUGCUAAACAUGGGUUUUGUUGAUGAUGUCGAGCUCAUUCUUGGCAAGGUAGAAGAUGCUACCAAAGUACAGACGCUUCUGUUCAGUGCCACUCUGCCAGAGUGGGUGAAUAAGCUCUCUAUGAGGUUUCUGAAAGUUGACAGGAAAACAGUUGAUCUUGUCGGUAAUGAGAAACUGAAGGCCAGUGCAUCUGUUAAGCACCUUGCUCUUCCUUGUAACAAGGCAGCAAGGGCACAAGUUAUUCCAGACAUUAUCCGAUGUUAUAGCCAUGGAGGUCGAACCAUCAUCUUCACUGAGACGAAGGAUUCUGCAUCAGAGCUUUCUGGUUUGAUUCAUGGAUCCCGUGCCUUGCAUGGAGAUGUAGCGCAAGCGCAGCGUGAAGUAAUUCUUGCUGGAUUCCGUAGCGGGAAGUUCCAAGUUUUGGUUGCGACAAAUGUGGCGGCGCGUGGUCUGGAUAUUAAUGAUGUGCAGCUUAUCAUUCAGUGUGAACCUCCCCGGGAUGUUGAAGCUUACAUACACCGGUCAGGUCGGACAGGGAGAGCAGGUAAUACUGGUGUUGCUGUCAUGCUUUAUGAGCCCAGAUAUAAGCACAGUGUCAGCAGACUAGAAAGGGAGUCUGGGGUUAAAUUUGAGCAUAUCUCUGCGCCACAACCCACUGAUGUAGCACAAUCUGCUGGCAGUGAAGCUGCAGAUGCAAUUGCGAGUGUGUCAGACAGUGUUAUUCCUAUCUUCAGGCAGCAAGCAGAGCAGUUGCUAAGCUCUUCCAGUCUGUCUGCAGCUGACUUGCUUGCCAAAGCACUUGCAAAGGCAGUUGGUUACACGGACAUAAAGAAAAGAUCAUUGUUAUCUUCCUUGGAGGAUUACAGUACACUACAUCUUCAAACUGGCAGACCGAUGUGGUCACCUGGGUUUGCUUUUACUAUAUUGAAAAGGUUCAUGCCAGAAGAUAAACUUGCAGAUGUAAAGGGUGCCACCCUCACCGCUGAUGGAACAGGAGUUGUAUUUGAUGUUCCUGCAGCAGAUGUUGAAGAUUACAUUCAAGCUUCGGAGAGUGCCGCACAGGUGACAAUUGAUGAAGUCAAGCAACUGCCACCCUUGCAAGAGAAGGACCAGUCGAGAGGCAACUCUGGGGGAGGAAGAUUUGGCCAUGGAGGUGGCCGGAGAUUUUCUGGUGGUGGUGGCGGCGGCAGAGGGUUUUCUGGCCGGGGAGGUGGCGGCAGAGGGUUUUCUGGCAGAGGAGGCGGCGGCAGUAGAUUUAACAGGAGGAAUUAGAAGCUGCUUCAAUCUUUAUGGACAUUUCAGAAUUCAGAGAACUAUGUUUGUGUUCGACGUAGUUUUGAUGAAGAGGGAGGGAAUCGUCUCAGUUUUGGCUGCAACUGUAUCGUGCUUUUGUUUAUUUGUUAGCCUUCGUCAACGAAGGCUUAUUUUGUUAGUGAUAUAAUUGAGGCAUGGGGAAGAGGGGGAGGUAACAGUCUCAGUUUUGGCUGCAAAUUGUAUCGUGCUAUUGUUUAUUUGUUAGUGUUCGUCAACGAAGGCUUAUUUGUUAGUGCUUUUA